AUGGGUAAAGGCUUCCAGAAUUUUAUGAGCAAAAAGGAUUUCCAUCCAAGUGCUUGGUGGAAUGUCAAAAAGGUAUGGGAAGCUCGUCAAAAGGAAGAAAUGGAGAAAAAGCGCCAAGAGGAGCUGCGCGUAGCCUAUGAGCGAGAACAGGAUAUUCUCAACAAUAAAGCACUUUUGGGUGAUGAAAAAGCGCGAAUGGGACUAUCGUUUAUGUAUGAUGCACCAGCUGGUAUCACCAAAAAAGAAGAGGAUAAACCGGAACCGAAGUUCGAGUGGCAAAGAAAAUACAAUGCUCCGAGAGAGGAGUAUGUUUUUUGGGCAAAAAAUAACGAUGCAAUAACGGAUCAGCCGUUCGGUAUCCAAGUGCGGAAUGUUCGUUGCGUGAAAUGUCACACGUGGGGACAUUUGAACACCGAUCGGGAAUGUCCGCUUUACAACAUGAGCGGUAACUUCGAAGAUCCUGGAUGACUGGGACUUUCUGAAAUUAUC